AUGCCCUUGUUUAUACUCUCUGGCCUUCCGUCUAUAGAGAAGAAGGAUUUAUUCUGCAAUAUUCUGGCACAGCUCGCUAGGAAAUAUACUAUGGAAAAAACAGGCGGGGACCCAGUGGACGUGUCUGGAGAGGCCUUGUCUACAAUAGAUUCUGUUUUAGUGGUUCUUCAAAACUCUGUGGGCGUGAAUGCAAAGGAGGAAACUGCCAAAAUGCGGUCAAUUAUCCAGAAUAAGCUUAGUAAAAGAGUUUUAGUGGCAAUAUAUGCACCACUCCACAUAAAGGGGCUUCGGUAUGAGAUUGCAUCAACAGCGAAAAAUAUGGGGAUAGACACUGCGCAUAUAUACUGCAGUGCUGGAUACAAUGAAGGAGGAGAGAUUUCUGUAGAGGAGAUUGAAGGAAUCCUUGGCGUGAGCGGGACAGCAGCAGAUAUAAGUACAAAAACAGGCAAAACAGAAGAGUUUUCUGUAGUUUCCCGGAUAUUUGAAAUACCGCGGCGUGUAGACAAAUGGGAUGCUCCUUGCUUUAUAGCAGACGAUGCCAAUAUUAAGAUGUGCAAUGACUCUGCGCUUGAAAGAGUAUGGUGCCUUUUGCACAAUGUAGUUAAGCCAAGGACAUCUUCUAAGAAACUAAUGGGUGCGCCUUUAAACACAAAAUAUUUACAGAAUGUCAAGGAGGUUGUUAAUAAAGUCUUGGAGGAAAAAAGGAGAACCACACAAGUUCCUCUUAAAAUAUCCAGGCAGGCAGAAAUAGACUUCCUCAGCUCAAUACGGGCUACUCCACCGCCGAUAGAAAAAGUAUCCGAAAUAUUUUCGUUCUUCUUAGAAAAGUAUCUUAAUUAA